GUAUUACUGGUGUGGAUUCAAUGAGGGCUCAAUUUUACCUUGAAUCAUCUGGAUGGCAGUUGCAGAUCGCUCUUGCAAGUUUCUAUGAGGAAGAUGAUGGCGCCAUGGACGUAGUAGAAGUGCCUGCCACGGAGGCACGCUCGAGCCUUGAUAUUGUAGAUGUCACUCCACCUAUAUCUAGUCCAUCUGUAAAUGCCCCACCACCAAAGGCAAGCAGCUCUAGAGUCGUGACAGUCAGUGACAUGAAGAAAAAUCAGAACAAUGAAGAGGAAGAAGAAGGACAACGAUUCUAUGCAGGUGGCUCAGAUCACAGUGGACAGCAAGUCGUUGGCCCAAAGAAAAAGAAAACAAGUGAAAUUGUAGACAACCUAUUUAAAAAAGCUAAAGAACAUGGAGCAGAGGAAGUGUCUUCAGGCAGUGAUCCAAUUCAGCCAUCAAAACCUAGGAACUUUGCUGGGGUAGGCUACAGACUGGGAGAUACAGAAGAUGAGCCUAGCCAGACUGUACAAGGGGGAUCAGUAAGAAAAGAACAGACAGAUAUGCAUUGUAGAAUAAAGCUGUGGAAAAAUGGGUUUAGUGUCAAUGAUGAAGAGCUACGGGAUUACAAGGACCCUACAAAUUCUGCCUUCCUUGGAAGUAUCAGCAGAGGGGAAAUUCCUCGUGAGUUGCUGCAGCAAGCAAGAGGUGGAGAAGUGCACUUAGAUAUGGAAGACCAUAGAGAGGAAGAGUACACGGCUCCUAAGCCCAAGGUUAAAGCAUUUUCAGGCACUGGCCAUAUGUUAGGGAGCCCAGCUCCUACUGUUGUUUCAUCUGCUAAACCUGUGGCAGCUGCAGCCAGCAGUGGUUCUUUAGGGCAGCAAACGAUUCAAGUAGAUACAUCUCAACCACAGACAAAUAUCCAAUUAAGAUUAGCUGAUGGAUCUAGGUUAGUUGGAAAAUUCAAUCACUCUCAUACCUUAGCUGAUAUCAGGAAUUUCAUUGUUGCCAAGAUAUCUGGCAAGAAGAAACAGUCUCUCAAAAAAAUUGUGGGAGGAAAGACUAAGAAAGAAUCUCCUGAAAAGGUUCCUGAAAGGAAGUUAGAGAAUUCAUCUUUCAAAAGAAGGUCCUGGACAAUGCAGGAAAAAGUUGAUAUUAUACAGUGGCAUAGGGAAAAUAAGUCGAGCCAAUCAUCAACAGCCAUGCUGUUUGGAUGCGACAGGAAACGUAUUCGUGAGUGGGACCGAAAUUACGAAGAGUUAUUGCUUCUUAGUAGUACAUCAGGAUUGAGUAAAAAGAAAAAGAUGCAUAGCGGUAAAAAGCCACUGAGCUAUGAAUUGGACUACAAGCUUCUACUUUUCUUAGACCAACAGCGUAAACGUAGAAUACAGGUUACUAAUAUUAUGCUGCAGAGUAAAGCCUGUGAAUUAGCCAACCAACUCAACAUUUAUAAUUUCAAUGCAUCAAGUGGAUGGUUGUCGAGAUGGAAAAAACGGUCAAAUGUUGCCAUACAAUUGGGAACCAAUGAACAUUUUUGUAAUGAUUCCCAGCAGCAGAUGAUCCAAUUCCAAAAGGAAAUAAUCAACAAGCGAAAAGAACAUGAUAUAAAAAACUUCCAUAUAUUAACUAUGCACCAAAUAGUUGUUAGGUUUGAUAGUACAAGUGACAUCAUACAUGUAAGUAAAGAAAAGGUAAUGCAUGGACCACCAACAGAUAUCAGUGGAAAAGAGCUUAUACAGGUGCCACACAUGAAUGAUAGCAGAGAAGAGUUAUUACAGGGAUCAUCAACAAAUAUCAGUGAAGAGGAGCUCGUACGGAUGCCACUGAUGAAUGAUAGCAGAGAAGAGUUUUUUCAGGGAUCACCAACAAAUGUCAGUGAAGAGGAGCUUGUACAGAUGCCACUGACAAAUGACUGUAGAGAAGAGUUAAUACAUGGACCACCAACAAAUGUCAGUGUACAGAUGUCACUGACAAAUGACUGUAGAGAAGAGUUAAUUCUGAGACCACCAACAAAUGCUGUUGGAGAAAAGUUAAUACAGGUACCAACAACAGGAGAUACUGGAGAAAGUUUAUUAUGGAAGAGAGGAUUCACAGUCUGUUUUUGUGUUUGUGCUGAUGGCCAUAAGUUACCAGCAUGUAUUGUCUUCAAGAAACAAAAUGGAGAUAUAUCUCCACCUGUUAAAUCUCCAUUUUGCAUGCCAGUUAAUAUUAGAGUAGGAGCUUCCUCUAAUGGACGGAUGCACGGCCAAUGGUUAGGCAGUAUACUGAAUGUGUUACGAGAUUUUGAUGAAACUGACCCAUUGUUGUUAAUUUUGAACCGACACAAUACUUAUAACUUUACUAAAACAUGUGAAAUUCUAAAAAAAUUGAACAUAGAAACAGUUUGCAUACCUGGUGCUUGUACUAAUGUUUCCCAAUGGAUAGAUGCCUGUAUAAAUGUGCCAUUUAAGAAAAAGUUUUAUGAACUUUGGAAGGCUUGGCUGUCGACUAAUAAGGAAAGGACCUUUGAUGGGAGCUUAAAGGCUCCAUCACGAUAUCAAGUGAUAAACUGGAUCAGCGAGGCCUGGGAAUCCAUAUCAGAAAAAGAAUUAAGCCAAGUGUUUUUGAGAUGUGGCAUUUCAAAUGCAUUGGAUGGAUCACAGAAUAGUGAAAUAAAGGGUUGUAGUGAGCUCACACUACCAAAAAAAGAGUUGGAAAACGAUUUGACAUGGGUUGUAUUUAAUGAUGAAUGUGAAGAUGCUGUUAUCGAGUUUGAGGGAUUUGGUGAUGAGGAUGAUGACUAUGAUAUUUAAGAAAAGACAUUAUAUUGUUUAAUUUCAAAGUGUAUUACCUGUGUUUAGAUUCAGUAACAGUGGCAAAAAAGUGUACAGUAUCUGUUAUUUUCUUAUUUGACAAAUCUUGAUAAAUCUGGUAUUAACUGCCAGCUAAAGCUAAUGCUAUUGAACGUUAGAUGUCCCAAGUCGCCUGCAAGCUGCGAUAUAGAAACCAGGAUGCACUCCAACAAGUAAGCAAAAAUCUUCCGGAAACUAACCAAUUUUCCGCAAAUUUAUAAUCUGGAGUCAGUUUGCAAUUGGUAUUACCAUGCACAUCAAAAUAUAAUUAGAAGUUUUAAGAAAGUCUAUUUAACUACAUCUUCAGGAAGUGGCUUCUUCUAACUUGUGACCCCUGUAUUGCUUACCGAGCCAGUCUCUGCAAGAGUUAACAAAUUUUAAGUAAUACAACAUAUUUUAGUACAGUACUGUAUACUGUAAAACCUUAAAUUUAAGGCCUUUUGAGAAUGAAUGCUGUAAGUUCUAGGAAGUAGUACUAUAAAACAAUUAUAAAUAGGGCCACUGUGAUGUUACUGUAUACUGCAAACCAAGCAUGUUUUUAAUUAUUUUGUUUCUUUGAAAUUCAUGUACAUUGUACGUACACUACUAUCUCGUAAAGAAGCCUAUGCUAUCUUGAAAAGCCCAUGGGUUUCUUUAGAGGCUAAAUUUGCAAACUGAAGAGGUGGGCUUCAAUUCGAGAUGGGCUUCUUUUCGAGAUUAAGCCCAUUGGGCUUCAAAUCUAUAGGUUUUACAGUAUUUAUUAUUAUGUUGAUUUUGUACAGCUUACAUAACGGUAAUAAUUUGGUAAAGCAAUGUUAAAUUAUUUGAGAAUAUGUCUUUUUUUUAUUACUUAUAGUGAUACAGUAUUAAACUUUUAAAAAAUUACUAGAUUUCCAUAAAAAUAUUAAAAUUAUGCUAUAACAAAAAGGGAGUACAAUAUUUUCAAUAUUUAACUAUUUCCAAAUUAAACUAUUUGUUGUAAGCAGCAUUAAGAUACACAAUUUAGAUUUGUGAUAUUAAUUUUUUUUAGAUUCAUUGCAAAAAUUAGAUUCACACAUAAAAAAAACAAAGGUAUUGGUGAAAGCUUGUGGAAUUCAUACAAUACUUAGGCUAAAAGAGCUGUAUUUUGUGUGCUACAGUAAAUUAAUUGGUAGAAUUUCAAA